AUGACAGAACCGACCGAACGUGAGAAGAUGCUGCGCGGAGAGCUUUUUGUCUCCUUUACCCCCGACCUGAUCGCGGCUCGAAAUCGUUGUAAAUAUGCAUACACGCGGUACAACCACGCAGGCGAAGUCCCACGAAGGCGGCUUAUGGAGCUGUGGAAAGAUGUGAUCGAAGACGAAUCCCCUCUUCCCCCACGACUGGAAGAUCCCAUCGCAGACGAUGAGCUCUUCAAGAAUGAACCCUGGAUUGAGCCUCCUGUCAAGGCUGACUAUGGAUUCAAUGUCUUUCUGGGCAAGAAUGUCUUCGUCAACUCCAACUGUGUGUUCAUUGACACCAUGCCCAUCACGGUGGGGGACCGCACGCUCUUUGGCCCUAAUGUCAGCCUCUUUGCCGGUGGCCAUCCGAUCGAUCCCGCUGUGCGGGAUGGCAUGGAUGGUCCAGAAAUGGGAGCGCCCAUUACCAUUCAAGAAGAUUGUUGGAUUGGAGGCAAUGUGACUAUCCUGCCUGGUGUGACAAUUGGGAAGGGCUCCACGGUGGGUGCCGGAAGUGUGGUAACAAAGAACAUGGUUGUCUUUGGCUCCGCAUCAUUGGACCUCGUGAUCCUGUACCAAUCGCGGGUCAAGAUUGUCCGCAUGCUAAUCCCGUUGGUAUGUCUACAGGAUGUCCCGCCUUUCCAUGUCGUGGCUGGGAACCCGGCAAGAAUCAUUCGGAAGAUUGAGACCACCAUGAAAGAAUGA